AUGUUGAGAGCCAUGUAUUGUGCUUUCAUUUUCACUCUGUAUGCCCAUUAUUCAAUUUGGUCGUAAAGGGGUUUGGGAAGGGUUUGAAGGUUGAUAAAUGUGAUCCUUUGGAUCUUUGGUUGUUAGAAACAAUGGUGAGAUUUGACGUAUAUACCUAAAGCAAAAUUUAAUGAAACCACCAUUGAUUUAUUGUAAUUGACAAUCAAAUGCAGACUCCAUAAAUGUUGGAAUCCAAGCAAACAAAACCCACACCUCACCAUCAUCCUUCACAUUUCUUAUCCCAACAACCAAACAUGGGCGGCCGGAAAGAUGAGAUUUCUACAACUUCGGGGCUCCAAGUUCCCUUAAUCAAAUCACUCCAUCCUUCCAAAAAACCCAAAAAAAGAAAUCACUUUGCUUUCCUUUGCUCAAUCGUUGCUUCCAUGUCUUCCAUUUUGGUCGGCUACGAUAUCGGUGUAAUGAGCGGAGCUGCGAUCUACAUCCAACAAGAUUUCAACAUCUCUGAUGUGCAGGUGGAAAUUCUGGUUGGAAUCAUUAGCCUUUUCUCCAUUAUUGGCGCCGCUGUUGCUGGCAUAACCUCCGAUUGGCUCGGCCGCCGGUAUACAAUUGUUCUCUCUGCUGCUUUAUUCUUUUUCGGAGCUGUUCUCAAGGGUUUUGCUCCAAAUUACCCCUUUCUCAUGUUUGGCCGAUUCGUCGCCGGGGUCGCUGUUGGAUCUGCCUCUUUGAUUGCCUCUGUGUACACUGCAGAGGUUGCUCCGACGUCGUCUCGUGGCUGCCUCUACACUUUUCCGGAGGUGUUUGUUAAUGUCGGCAUUUUAAUUGGAUACGUUUCGAAUUUUGCAUUCUCCAAGUUCCCGACUAAUUUGGGAUGGCGAUUUAUGCUCGGACUCGGUAUUAUUCCGUCAAUGUUGUUAAGCAUCGUCGUGAUUCUGAUAAUGCCGGAAUCUCCAAGGUGGCUGGUAAUGCAGGGCCGAAUCAACGAAGCCAAACAAGUUCUAAUCAGAACCUCCGACUCCAUUGAAGAAUCUAUACAGCGUUUAGCCGACAUUAAAACCGUUGUCGGAAUUCCUACAAGCUGUGAUGAGGACGUCGUUCAAGUCCCAAAACGGAAGACCCAUGGCAGUGGCGUUUGGAAGGAACUCUUCCUCCACCCAACUCCGGCUGUCGUCCACAUUCUCAUCACCGCAGUGGGUGUCAAUUUUUUUGCAGAGGCCACCGGAAUGAAUGUUGUGGUUUCGUAUAGCCCUAGAAUCUUCGAGAAGGCGGGAAUCUCAUCUACCGACCACAAGCUUCUAACGACGAUGGGUGUGGGCAUAACGAAAACCGUUUUCGUGUUGAUAGCCACGGGGAUGUUCGACAGGAUUGGGCGACGGCCAUUGAUUCUGACGAGCAUCGCGGGGAAAACAAUUUCGCUAAUAGUUCUAGGGGUAGGGAUGACGAUAAUUGAUAAGUCAAAGGAGGAAAAUACAUGGGUGGUGGGGUUGUGUGUUGCAAUGGUUUUGACGGACGUAUCGUUUUAUUCAAUAGGGAUGGGGCCGAUGUGCUACGUUGUAUCAGAGAUUUUUCCAUUGAAGCUACGGUCCCAAGGAGUUAGUGUGGCGAUGAUUACAAAUAGAAUUAUGGAUUCAAUUGUUGGAAUGACGUUUUUGUCCUUGUACACCGCAAUUACUAUCGGUGGCACCUUCUUCCUUUAUGGGGCUUUUGGGGUUGUGGGUUUUAUCUUUUUUUACGUUGUGCUUCCGGAGACCCGAGGAAUUGAGUUGGAGGAGUUGGAGGGACUUUUUGGUAAUUUUUUAUGGAAGUUCUCCAACAACAACCGCCCAUGAAAUAUGGUUCACCCUCAAAAUAAUAUCAAAUUAGAGUUUUUCCAAA